AUGGCGGCCAAGUGCGGCCCCGACGUCAUCUACCUCGAUGGUGCCGAGGGCGGUACCGGUGCUGGACCGCAUCUGGCUACUGAGGAGACCGGCAUCCCGCUGAUGGCGGCCAUCCCCGAGGCCCGCAGGGCGCUCGAGGAUGUGGGCCUCGCUGACGACAUCGAUCUGGUUGUGGCGGGCGGCAUCCGCAACGGCGGCGACGUGGCCAAGUGCUUGGCCUUGGGUGCAGAUGCCAUUGCGCUGGGGACGUCGGCGCUGAUGGCGCUCAACUGCAACAAGGAGAUCCCUGGCGUUACCGACUACAUGGGCACGAUCGGCGUGCCCGCGGGCGAGUGUUACCACUGCCACACCGGUCGGUGUCCCGUCGGCGUGGCCACCCAGGACGUCGAGCUGCGCAAGCGCUUGGACGUCGAUGAGGCCGCCCUGCGGGUCUACAACUUCCUCCUCACCCUCACCAUGGAAGUGCAGAUGCUGGCCCGGGCUUGCGGCAAGACCGAUGUCCAUUCUCUGGAGCCCGAGGACCUGGCCGCACUCACCUACGAGGCGGGCCGCCAUGGCCAAGGCGAGAGCUCACGCGAGACCCGCACCGUCGCCAUCGACGCCGAAGUCCUGGCGGGGAAGCGGUUCGCCUACCAAGAAGACAUGUCGCUGGUCGAAGACAUAGAUCUGUUGGCGGUGACCCCAGGAACCGACAUCAACUGGCUCGAGGACAUCACCCUUCUCGAAGAGGACGGGGUGCCGGCGGUGUUCGACCGCUACUCGAACUCCUUCCUGAAGAUCUACUUCGAGAUCCCGCCGGGCCGCGAGGACGAGAUCGCCCGCAAGGUGCUCAUGAAGCACCUCACCGAGGGCAACAGCUACGGCAUCACCCUCAAGGACAUCCAUUGCAAGUUCCCGCAGGUAGAGCUGGGGCCGUGGGUCGAGGAAUCCAGGAUCGUCGGCACCGACUGGCGCAAGCCGGUGCUGGAGGGCUGGUCAGCUCCCGGUGGCCACUGA